GUCACAUCUUGCUACCCAUGUGUCAACUGUAGUUCUCGGACUGCUGUUCAUACUGCCUGGUAUAGUAAAGACAGUGCGCUUGAAUACAACACUUUACCGAGAGAUGUUAAAGACAUUCAAGAAUUUCACUGAAGUAUCACCACUAAGGCAUAUUGGAGUGAUACCUAGUCCUCAAAUCUACAUGCAGUCUAUGGGAGUUUUUGAACUAUUGCUAGGCACUACGUUGGUUGUUGGACAUGUAUCGUUCAAGAAAUUCGCUUGUCUGGGAAUUAUGGCUCUUAUGCUGCUCACAACAUAUUGUCAGGUCGCCUUAAAAGAUUACAGUGCAGUAAGAACAGAGUGAUUGCUUAAUUUUUAUUGCCUUCAGACCAUUGUGCCUUGUGGAUACUUUUGCCUUCUUAGCAGGUUAUAUUUCUCCCUGGACAAACUUGAAGAUCGACGAGUAAAAUAAACUGAUUAAACUUUUAUGAAUCUUCUAUUAUGUACAUAACACAAUUUCGAUAUCUUUCGUUUUAUUCCCCGAGUGCUUCCAAAUAUAUUUUUUGUUGCGAA